AUGACAAGCAGUAUUUCAAGUGCCCAUUCGUCUAUGGACUACCGUUCGUAUUUUACACCAGCAACACGUGAUGAUCGCAAACUAAGUAUCAAAUGGCAGAAGACGUUAGUGCAAGAUAAAGAAAAUGUUCGUGCAGCCUUAUUGAAAGGCAGCAAAGAGGACGAUACACAACCACACGAAGAUCAACUAAAUCUGAUCACCAGAGAUAUCACAAUUAUGCGAGAUGAACACAGUAACAGUACCGACACUAUUCUUCCAAUAACAGCAAUAACGACAGAAAGUUCAGAUCCGAUGCCGCAACAAAUAUCGAUAGAAUUUACGUUAAAUGAGAAACAACAUCAAGCAUUUGUGAUAAUUACUGAUCAUCUCGAAGGCAAAAGUUUUUUGAAAUCAGGUAAGACAGUUUUGUUCUUUAAUGAGAAUAUGUUAAUAUUAUAUCAUAUAGCCGAUAUGCAAGAACAACUACUGAUGUGCGUACCAGGUCCUGGUGGAACGGGAAAAUCACAACUGAUCAAGGCACUCAUCAAUGUAGUCACAAAUCGAAAACACUUCUUACGAAAGUUAGCCCCAACGUCAAUAGCUGCAUCUGAAAUUGAUGGUCUUACAAUUCACUCGUUCUUAGGACCGAUUAGUUAUGCAAAGAAAAAGAAGACAGUUCGCCCCGGAGAUGCAAAGGUGACCAGUAACUGGCAUCACAUUCAAUACAUAUUCAUCAACGAGAUGUCAAUGGUUGGUCUGCAUCUUUUGUCACAAAUUCAUAAACUUUUGUGUAUUGCCAAGUGCAAGUCAACUGAGCCGUUCGGUGGAAUUAACUUGGUAUUUUUCGGCGAUUUUAUCCUAUAUCCGCCCGUGUUAGACAAGCCAUUAUAUCGCGAUAUGUUGGCAGAAGAAAACAAUACGAGAACCAAAUUGAAACAAAAAACUGAACUUGAUACUCAAUAUGAAGUCGGACGUGCACUGUGGUUACAACUAAACACGGUAGUUCAGUUGAUCAGACAAAUGAGAACCGAUGAUUCUGCAUUCUUAGAGGCUCAAAAUCGAUUACGUUACGGACAAUGUACAACAGAAGAUCAUAAAUUACUUUCAACACGAGUGAUUGGUCAUCAAAGCUGUCCGGUCAAACCACUGGACGAUAUCGAAUGGAAAGAAGCACCUGUUCUCGUUUUCCGUAACGAUUUAAGAACAGAACUGAAUAAUUUGGCGGUUAUAUCGGCAGCUCGUGAAAUUGGUGUAGUACCCGUCGUAUGUAUAGCACACGACACGUUCAAUGCCGAUUCAGCUGUUAACGAAAAAUUGCGGAAAUUCAUUUUACGUUUGUCAGACAAUAAAACUAAAGGACUGUGUGGUUAUCUAUCUCUCGUCAUAGAUGAACUUGACAACGAAACAAGCGCCGCAGCCACAACGGGUGAUUUUCCACCAGAUACAAUAUUCAUUCGAAAACCACUGUAUGCGUUGGUCGAAAUUCAAAAAUCAAAUAUAUCGUCCAAACUAGACACAUUACCUCAAAAAUUAGUUAGCCCUCGUUGA